AAAUCGGUUCCAGAAGGGGAGAAAUCGCAAAUGCAAAAUCAAAUUGCAUUGCUUACUGAAUAUUCAUGUCACUGAAAACCGAUAGAAUGCGAUAUGGAAUUCCAGAAGCAGGGAUGUGACUAACAACACCUUCUGAAUCACAACAAGUUUUAUUUUGGAGCCGAAUCAUGAAAUUUGAAGCCAGAAAAAGAGGACAAGUUUGAAAAAACGCGGGUAAUGGCAGACAGGUUACCUGGUGUGGAAAGCUCGGCCAUCAGUAUACUGAAGAGGGCUGUAGAAUUAGACUCCAGUAAACGCUAUGAUGAGGCAGUGACAUGUUAUCAGGAGGGCCUACAAUUACUGCUUGAGGUUCUUAAAGGAGAAACAGAUGUGACAAAGAAAGAAAGAUUCAGACAGAAGAUAAAAGAGUACAUGGAUAGGGCAGAGGAACUUAAGAAGUUUGUAAAGGAUGAGAAAACAGCUGGUAAACAGCAUGAGCAGAUUCAGAUAGAGAGCAAUGAUACAGGAUACAGUUAUGAGAGACUGUUCUCACAAUUCCUGAACCAGUUUGUCACAGAGGUAGAGGUGGAGGAUCCAUAUAUUCGUUCUAACCAUCAGAUAUACAAUUUUCUAAGAUUCUGUGAAUUAGUUGUGAAAUCUAAAGCACCAGUCAAAGAAAUCCGCCUUUUGACAGGCAGUGAUGAGAGUCCUGAUCUCCAAGCCCAACAACAUGAAAAAUUGGGACAACUAACAGAAAGUCUUCGUAAUCAUAAAAUCAUGCUGACUGUCAAAUACUCGGAUACACUUCAUGACAGAGAGAUCAGGUUUGAUACUGGAUGGGUGGUCAAAAUUGGAAGAGGCCUGGACAUUUAUAAAGCUGCAGGGAGCAAGUUUUCUAUUGGAUUUUGUGAUUUUGACCUUCGACCCUGCCACAAGACAACAGUGGAUAUUUUUAACAGAAAGUAUGUGAAAGAUACAAGUGACAGUGCUGAGGGGUCAGUUUGAUGGCGGCCUAUCAGAUAUGUAUCCACGCAUGACUGUGAUAUUUAUUUAUUUGUUCAUGUUCAUGUUUAGCUUGUUUAGUAGUUAGUUGUGGGAACCUGCAUUUACCAUUGUUUUUUGAAAUAAGAGUUUUGAAUUGGACUUGAUGAUAUAAAGACACAAUUGGAAUUGAGAGAAGAAAAGAUAAACAAGGUAAAUGCAGUCUCAGCAGACAUGUUCAAAGAGAAAGUAUGUACAAUAUUGAUUGAAUUCAUGGAGUAACAGUUGUUGAGAUAUAAUAUUGACAUUCAAUGAUUAAGAAGUUCAUGAGCAUCAGCUCUUUUAUAU